CCGCUUCCGAGCCCCCGCGGCAGGGGCGGGGCGGGGCGGGAAGCGGUGCCGGAGGUGAAGGGCCGCACGCGGAGCCUGCGCCCCGCUCCCCUCGUCUCGCCGUGCUUUUCCUCUAGAAUGUGAGCAUUAUGGUGAAGAAAAGAUAUUCCCAUCAACAGUAUAACACUGUCGUAGAAUUCCUGUAAAUACUAGUAAAUGUUGCUGAUGUAGUGCAUUCCGGAGAUACGUUUUUACUACAGAUCCUACCAAGGCUUUGCAAACAGGAUGAAAAUGUUGCUGUUGACUGCUUACUGACAGUAACCAGCUGGGCACUUUCCUCAUGAUGUUUUCAUUCUUGCGUUGUCCAGUUGGAGUUUGUUUGUACUGAUUUUUUAAAAAGAGGAAGAAAUCAAAGUGGAGUACCGUAAACUUGACAUGGAGAAUAAAAAGAAAGACAAAGAUAAGCCAGAUGAAAGAAUGGCACGGCCUAGUGGGAGAUCAGGCCAUAAUACACGUGGAACUGGUUCUUCAAAUUCUGGCGUGUUAAUGGUUGGCCCUAACUUCAGAGUUGGUAAAAAAAUUGGAUGCGGUAAUUUUGGAGAACUACGGCUAGGAAAAAAUUUAUACACAAAUGACUAUGUGGCAAUUAAACUGGAGCCAAUGAAGUCGAGAGCACCACAGCUACAUUUGGAAUACAGAUUCUACAAGCAGCUAGGAUCUGGAGAUGGAAUACCUCAGGUUUAUUAUUUUGGCCCAUGUGGCAAAUAUAAUGCUAUGGUGCUAGAACUACUUGGACCUAGUCUGGAAGAUUUGUUUGACUUGUGUGGUAGGACAUUUUCUCUUAAAACCGUUCUUAUGAUAGCCAUACAGUUGAUUUCUCGUAUGGAGUAUGUCCAUUCAAAGAACUUGAUAUACAGAGAUGUAAAACCUGAGAACUUCCUAAUAGGACGACCUGGAAACAAAACCCAGCAAAUUAUUCACAUUAUAGAUUUUGGUUUAGCAAAGGAGUAUGUAGAUCCAGAAACAAAGAAGCACAUACCAUAUCGAGAGCACAAGAGCCUUACAGGAACAGCUAGAUACAUGAGUAUAAAUACACACUUAGGAAAAGAGCAAAGCAGAAGAGAUGAUUUGGAAGCUUUGGGUCAUAUGUUUAUGUAUUUUCUGAGAGGAAGUCUUCCAUGGCAGGGUUUAAAGGCUGAUACAUUAAAAGAACGUUACCAGAAAAUUGGAGACACAAAACGAGCAACCCCUAUAGAAGUAUUGUGUGAAAACUUCCCAGAGGAAAUGGCUACAUACCUACGUUAUGUGAGAAGGUUAGAUUUUUUUGAAAAGCCAGACUAUGACUACUUAAGAAAGCUCUUCACAGACCUACUUGAUCGGAAAGGCUAUAUGUUUGAUUAUGAAUAUGACUGGAUUGGAAAACAGCUGCCUACUCCAGUGGGUUCAGUACAUUCAGAUCCUGCAAUGUCUUCAAACAGAGAAGCAUAUCAACACAGAGACAGAAUGCAACAAUCCAAAAAUCAGUCAACAGACCAUAGGGCAGCUUGGGACUCACAGCAAGCCAAUCCACAUCAUCUGAGGGCUCACCUGGCAGCUGACAGACAUGGUGGCUCGGUACAGGUAGUAAGCUCAACAAAUGGAGAACUCAACACAGAUGACCCAACUGCAGGCCGUUCAAAUGCACCCAUCACAGCUCCUGCAGAAGUAGAAGUAAUGGAUGAAACAAACUGCCAGAAAGUGUUGAACAUGUGUUAUGUAACUCUCAGAGCAGUUCUGGUCUGCCUCUGCCCACUGCUACUUUUUCAGUGACUGAGCGACAGGGUGCCUUGGAUAUUUUGAGAAGGUGCUGCUGUUUAUUCAAGCGGAGGAAAAGGAAAACCAUUCAGCGUAACAAAUGAACAUGGGAAAAUGCUUAGUUGUUCACCUGUUGUCUUGUGAUCUUAAAAAAAACAGCAACAAAACCCAAAGCAAAAACCUCCCUAGUAAACACAUUUUCCAAGGACUCCGUGAGAAACAGUGUCAUGCCUGUGUGCUUUGGUUUGGUUCUUCUGCACUGAACUUUUGUUUCUUAAAUUCAUCUAUUCUGAAAGCUUUAAAAUAUUGUCGAAUAGGAGUGGUUCUUUGACCGUCAACAUAUGGACCAAUGAUGGGAUAGAAAUGAACAGUAUCUUGAGCAAAACUGAACUUGAGAAGAAUUUCUUCUUUUCUAGGAAGUAGCAACUGUGUCUUAGAUGAAGACAGAUGUCAUAAAUCUGUUAUUUGAGUUUGUAGCAGUGUAUCAAAAGCAGUUCUCUUCAAAAAUGCAGAAGAAAAAUAUGAAUGCACAACCAUAUUGAAAAACAAUAAAAUCUUAAGAUUUAUUUUAUGACAUCUGCAUUGUUUUUCUUCUUUUGUCCCAGUAUUACUGCUUAUAUUGUAGCCAAAUGGUCACUGUGUAGAGAUACUGGGGAGGCUGAUUCAAUUUUUGACAGUUAUCUAAAUGCUGGAGAUACUAAUGAACAGAAAGUAUUUCCAGUAGCCUCUUGGUUUGAAAGUCUGCUUUUGUUAUGCUUACAAUGAAAAUUGCAGUACUAUAGAAAUUACAAGAGCAUUUGUACAAAGAAUACAGAAGUUUGUAUAAUUUAAGCUGUGCUUCUAAUAAUGUUAGCAAAAUUGAAUUACCUUCAAAAGAGAUCUACAGAGCAAUUAUAAAAGAAGACAUGUGAUUCUGAUUAAAGUGUAAUCAGUAUUAAAGCCUGUGUGUUCACUAAGGUAACUGAUGAUUGACAUCAUCUUUAAUUUGAAAAUAUGAAUGUGCCAUGAAAAGUUAGAGAUGUAUUUGUAAAUUAUUUUGCUCUUUAAUUUAGAAAACAAAUGCAAUGGAAGUGAGUUAGACUUCUCUCUAUACUAGCCCAUAGCACCCGAAAUUUCCCACGAUUGUUUUCUUGGAAGUUACUUGUCUUGCAGUGUAAGAUAGGAUGGCAAGGGUGUGUCAGGUACUUCUCUACAGUCCCAUGAAGUGCUUGCAAUAUGAGCAAACCAACAGUUCUGUAGACAAGACAGCCCAUUUUGCAUUUUCUUUUUCAGAAAAGAUAUGCUUCUUUUAAAGCCAUAAUGACAGAGUUAUGCUUUUGUUAUGUUUAGCUACCAGUUAUUAAAGAAAAAGUGUGAAAGGUGGAAGUGACUAGACAGAUUUAUUGACCAAAACUCAGAUUAUCUCCAUUUUUUUAUAAUUCUUCUAGCCAUUUUUUUCUAUCCACAAAUGUCUUUUGGCAUACUUAUUUAUUUUUAAUCUGUUUUGUGGUAACAUUUAAAAUGUAUAUUAAAAUAAAUGCACACUUUUGAAUUAAUCAUUGCAUUUACAAGAAUUUUAAUUGUAUUUUGUAAUUUAUUUAUCCUUAAAAGCCAAAAGUGUAUUUUAUUGUUUGGAUUGUGUGCUUAUAUGUAUACUUUGGUCUUCAUUGUUAUUUGUGUUCAUGAUCUCAAGUGUUUGUUGUAGAAAACCUGAAUUUGGUCUACAAAACCUGUAUAACAGGUCGUAAGGUUUCCAUUCCACCAGUCUGUGUUAUUGAUUAUUUCAAACUCAUGAAGUUAGUUCUUUGUCUUUAUUUGAGCUGAAAAGUAGGUUGCUUGACCAUUCUCAUAUGAAAACAUCCUUCUUUGUAGUACUUGACCAAAUUUUUAGCUUUGUACAUGUGGUAUGUACACCUGAUGAGUUUUAUUCUCAGAGGUUUUUGAUCUGUACAGUGUUUGUAUGAUCUGAACUCCAUACACAUAACAAAGUGUAAUUAGUAUGGACUUAAAAUGGUCAAAUAUAUAAAAACUGUUUAUUUGCUGAAAUGACUAGUAUCUAGGCACUUGCUUUUCAGCAAUUUUUUUAAGUGCUUGACUUAAAUGCUGAAGAAGGUUUUCUUUUAGUGAAGCAGUCAGCACUGGUAUAGGUGUGCCAAUAUGAUUUGUAUUUAUAUCCUGUUAUUUUUCCUGUCUAAACUAAUGAAGUAAAUGUUGGUUGGAUGUCUAAAGAUGAAAUACAUCCCUGUUUAAAUGUAAGACAAAAAAUAAAGAUAGUUUU